UCGGGCUCCCGCGGCCCAUGCCGCCCUGCCGCUCUGCCGCCCGCCGCUGAGCCCGCGCCCACCCCCCAGCUCUCAAAAUGUGGCACAACGUGGGGCUGACCCUGCUGGUGUUCGUGGCCACGCUGCUGAUCGUCCUGUUGCUGAUGGUGUGCGGUUGGUAUUUUGUAUGGCAUCUAUUUUUAUCUAAAUUCAAGUUUCUACGGGAGCUGGUGGGAGACACAGGAUCCCAGGAAGGAGAUAAUGAACAGCCUUCAGGGUCUGAAACAGAAGAGGACCCUUCGGCUUCGCCACACAAGAUCAGAUCUGCUCGCCAACGAAGGCCGCCUGUUGACGAUAGCCACUGAUCAGACACAGCAGUUUCUUAGAGUAUGAUCUAAGGCAGUUAUGACCUCUGUCCUUAGUGACCUAGCUUUGAAGGUUACUAAGUGACCAAGGAACAUUUGCAGUUGGAUUUAUAUCCAGUUCAAAAAAGAUUUACACGUUAAGCCAUAUAGAAAUAAAGGGAAUUUAAACCAAAUUGGGCCAUCGCAGAUUUCAUCUUGGAUGUUUUGCUUCACUAGGUCUCCUUAACACACUUACUCCCUGCCUCCUGGACUUAGUCUUUCUUUCUUUCUUUUUUUUCUCAUUUUCUUUCUUUUUUCUCAUUUUCUUUCUUUCUUCCUUCCUUCCUUUCUUUCUUUCUUUCUUUCUUUCUUUCUUUCUUUCUUUCUUUCUUUCUUUCUUUGUUUUUGCACUGGUAUAAACUGUAAACAUUUCAGGCUUGAAAAAACAUGUUAUUAGUCAUUAAAAUGUACCAUUUUCUUGACAUUUUAACUUGGCAGAAACUGGGAUGUGUGUCUCAUUACUGUCAACCAAGGAGUAGUCUUGUCAUUGUCCUAACUCAUGCAUACGUGAUUUUUGCAGCUUGUUACAGUGUCAUUACCUCAGCUGAUAUGUAUAUUGUUGGUAUCAAAUAUUUCAGGUUUAAUUGGCAUUUUAAAAAUGUUUUUAAAAAGACAGCACUAUGACUCAGCAUUGAAAUGAAAGGUUAUUGUGUGUAUUGAAAACCAUGGAAACAGCAUUGGAACACUUUCGAUAUUAGUGAUGCCAACAUUUGUGGUUGGAGAAAUGAUCACAAUUCUGUAUUUUCUUGCAAAGAAACAGCAAAAUGCUUUACAAGACUUAAGAAAGGAAGAAACCCACAGGUUGACAAGCUGUGCUAUAUUUUGUCAGCAAGGCACUUGCAAAACAAUUACCUUUCUUCAUGCCAAGUGAUUGCAGUCAAAGGCAGGAGCAAUUGCCAAAAUCCUCAGAAUUGAUGUAACAAAAUUCAAAGCAGAGAGAGGCUCGUAUGACCACUUCAUGGAGAGGACUGCCAUUAAGACAUCCAGGGUUUUAUCCAAAGCUGCUUGUCGGUAUUAGACAGAGGCAGUGGUGAGCAACUUCUGGAAAUGCAGUGUGUGCUCUUGACAUGGGUGGUAAAGCACAGAUUCCUACAACUAAUUUGAGAAGUGAUUUGGAAGAGGGGGACUCAGAAUAUUAAGUUACAGUUAUAACUUAGCCAGUUUAUUUCACACAUUCGUCACAUAGGUACAAGAUUUAUGUGAUAAAAAUAUUUUAGAACAUGGAAUAAAUGCAAAAUAAAACAUGUUGUUUCUGUGAUACCAGGCACAUGCCAUAGCUUAGUGAGCAAUGCUUUUUUCUUAGAAAUACAUAUGGUGCAUCCUAAUAGAUGGUCACUUAGAUUAAGUAAAAGUGAUAAUAUGUAAAUUUACUUUUCAAGAUAGCAGUUAUUUAUUGGAGAAUUUAAGUAUAAAUAUUACAGUGUUAACAGUUAUUUUUUAUGAAAUACUUUUAGGUAAACCUAUUGGGGGUUUUACAGUUGUAGUUAGGAAUCUAAGAGCCGUCUUCUCCUUUAUUGAGAAUGGUAUCAGUCCCUCCUUUAUUUGGGGAUUUAUGGUCUGGGCUUCUGUUGUGGAGAAAGUACUUCACAAACAGCAAUUCAGUGACAAGACCUCAAGAGUACGAGGGCUUGAGAAAGUACUGCUUGAAAAUGCCUGCUUGACUGUAAAAUGCCUCUGCCAGGAGUCCAUGUUUAUUCUAACUGAACUUUGGGCUGUGGACUAGAGAAGAGCAGUAGACUGAUGAACCUUCUAGAGUUGUCUGUUCCACACAGAAAUGAGCUGCAAGGCCAAGUUCCCUCCUCAGUCUUGUUCUUCGUGGCCGUGUUUGAUCUCAUUUGUUACCUCAUCCUUCACUCUGGCAGAUGCUGUUUAUUAAUUCCCUACUGGCACUGCCCAAGGUGAGUUCCUAAAGAUGUAGAUAUUGUGGACCUUCCAAUACACUGGCAGGGAAGUUACCAGAGACAACCUUCAGCUACAUUUUCUGGGGAAGAUCCGCAAUAGCUUGGAAGUGGGGUGCAGUCAUUCUGUCUUUUUUAUGAGGCAUGACUAAAAGGCACAAAGCAGUGACACUGUUCCUAGCAUUGAUCUUUAGCAUUUAGUAUUUCUUAUACUAACUAAAUAUUUUUAAACCGGUCAAGAUGCCCCAAGGCAUCUUGGUACUGGAGGAUGUUUACAUUAGAUUUUUUUUCAUAAUCUAAUGUUUGAGCUUCAAGUUUUCAUUGUUGCUAGUGUUUUGCAGUGGAUGUCUAAGGGUUAGAUGCCAAUAGGAAAAACUUUAAGCAGCAGGUGAGCUCUCGGUUGGAUCAGUAUUAAAGAAUGAUGGCUGAUGUAACUGUCGCCCUCCCAUCUAUAGCAAGGCCCAAACUAAUUCCUGUUAAAACUACAUAAAGGGCAUUAUUUAUUGGUAUUUAUGUUUUCCAGAAUAUCUUGUAAAACUGUAAUAAAUACUGUGCUUGGCCUAAGACUAGUACCUUAUGGUGUAAUAGCUCAUACUCAGCGUGUUUUAACUUAAGUAAAACCAUUUUGGAUGCCAGUAUGAAGAGUCUAAGGCACAGUCCUUUGUGUAAGAUUGGUUUCUUGGACCUCCUUUACCUGACCAAGAGAGGGAAGAGAAAAUGUCGUCUCUGCAGGGUUCCUCAUGUGCUGUGGACUUAUGUCCUGUUUCCUGUUUUGAUUUACAGCUGUUAUAAUUGUCAUACCUAUAUUCUCAGGCUCUUGGUGCAAGGGGUAUACUUUAAAGUUUAAAGAUACAACAUAGAGAUACUACAGUCUGGCCUGCACCCUUCCAAAAAUAAUGCUAUCAUCUCCGAGGAUUGAUUAGAUACUUGAGGACUCAGGUAGAUUGCUGCAGUUCCUUCUCCACCAACCCUUCCUAAAGGUGUAUGUGUGUGCGCGUGCAUGCAUGCAUGCGUGUGUUUUUAAAUGCCUGUGUGGUGGCAUGGCUCAGAUUUAAAUGCCAAAUACACUAAAGACUUGAUAGUGUGGCAUUAGGCACAUGCCUGAGGAAAACAUUUGAACUAAAUGGAUUCCCACAGUGGAAGUAGAUACUGGUUAGCUGUUUCAUCAACAUCUUGACCCCUUUCUUUAGAUUAGGCUUAAAAAACCAUUUCAAAGUGGUGUUUUGCUAAAAGUUUAAGAUAACUAUAUACUGACAUCUAUAACACGACGCUAGUUCAUGUUUCCUGCUAAGAGGAAUAAUCUGUGACGUUAUUCUGAGUCCACAGUGCAAUCUUUUUUUAUAGUCAGUUUUGCUCAGAAGGUGUCUGACUGUAACUGGUAACCAGUGUAACUGCAGAUCUCAGCUGGUAAACUAAGUGCUUUUAUAUUUGAAGUUGACUUCAUAAAGCCAAUAAGCAGUCCUCAGAGCACGGAGAUGCUCAGGUGACUAUAGAAUGGCAUUGGGUUAUAGAAUAUAGAAUUAAGGAACCUUGUAUUGUCUGCUGUUAAAGUUGUUAGUGUUGGAAACUUGUAACAAGUUCCAUUUUAUCCUGUAUUAGUAGAAGCUGUAUCUCCAUUUGUCAGCACACAUGCUACCUGUUGAGGACUGUCUAGCACUAACCUCCACACAGUUCUAUGCAUAACCAUUCGCCAGAUACUGCUGCUGUGCUUUCUUACAGAAGCCUUUCUGUCCUGUGCUGUGAUGCAUUUUCAUCGUGCUGCUUGACAGAGACUUUGUGAGGAAUUGGAACUGUGCGUGUUAAUAGUACUGUGUAUAACAAGAUGUAAAAUACAAAUGAGGGAUAUGCAAAUGAAUGGUGUUCCUGACUUAGAAUAUCUAAAGCUUUUAUGGUUUGUAUGUUUUAACUUCCUCUUUAAACUUCACAGAAUAAAUGAAAAUGAAA